GAGCAGCAGAGGAAGUGGGAGGCACAGUUGAUUGUAGCAGCUCAUAACUCCCGGCAACUGUGCGUUAUAGUGGCAACUGGACUCUGACUGAGCGGCAUCUGAACUCUCUUCUCACUCAUAAAUCGUGCUCUUGCUUUUCUUUUUUUCCUGCCACUUUUCCCCCCCACCUCCCCGCACCGCGAUCCAAGUUUUUGUCGGUGCCAGCUCCGGCGCUCCGCUUCAAACAGGUUGCAAGAAGGAAACAUCCCCUCGACGCGUCUUUCGCCGCUCAUUUGAAUUGAUAGAAAGCUCGGGCCAAGAUGAUGAUAAUCAUUGCGGAGUUCUUCGUGGUCAUUCUGAAGGUGCUCUGGGCUUUUUUAACUGCCGGGGCCAAAUGGGUCGUGCGCCCUAAGGAGAAGAGCGUGGCGGGACAGGUGUGCGUGAUCACCGGGGCUGGGAGCGGACUCGGGCGGCUGUUCGCCAAGGAGUUCGCCCGGAGACGAGCGAUACUGGUCUUAUGGGACAUAAACAGCCAAAGCAACGAGGAAACGGCGGAGAUGGUGCGGCAGAUUUACCAUGAAUUGGACACUCCCAUAACCAAAGACGGACCUGUUGGAGGUGUUGAGGAAGUCCCUCCUUUCCAGCCGCAGGUCUACACUUACGUGUGUGAUGUGGGGAAACGCGAGAGUGUGUAUUCCACAGCGGAGAAGGUGCGUCGGGAGGUGGGAGAGGUGGACAUACUGAUCAACAACGCCGGCGUCGUCUCUGGUCAUCACCUUCUGGAGUGUCCUGAUGAGCUGAUCGAGCGCACCAUGGUGGUCAACUGUCACGCACACUUCUGGACCACCAAGGCGUUUCUCCCCAAGAUGCUGGAGCUGAAUCAUGGUCACAUUGUGACGGUUGCCAGCUCCCUCGGUUUAUUCAGCACAGCUGGAGUGGAGGAUUACUGCGCCAGUAAGUUCGGUGCCAUUGGCUUCCAUGAGUCGCUGAGCCAUGAGCUGAAGGCCUCGGAGAAGGAUGGCAUCAACAUGACUCUGGUGUGCCCUUACCUGGUCGACACGGGAAUGUUCAAAGGCUGCAGGAUAAGGAAGGAGAUUGAGCCUUUUCUGCCUCCCCUGAAGCCAGAGUUCUGUGUGAAACAAGCCAUGAGGGCCAUCCUCACCGACCAGCCCAUGAUCUGUACGCCUCGCAUCGUCUACAUGGUUAACUUCAUGAAAAGCAUCCUGCCCUUCGAGGCCAUCGUUUGCAUGUACCGGUUCCUAGGCGCUGACAAGUGCAUGUACCCCUUCUUAGCUCAGAGAAAGGAGGCCAUGAACAACAACGAGGCGAAGAAUGGGAUCUAGGGGGUGCUGUUUGCAACACGAACAGGGGCUUAUGAACCUGCAAGCAUGAGGAAACAACCACUGAGGGUGAAAAUGGGGAAGAUGGAAGGAAGAAAAGACUGAAUCUAGACUGGUGCACUUGCAUUGAGCAGAUGCAAAGGUUUACCAUAUUGUUCCUCUGGAACAAAGAAAGCUGUGUACUACACAAUGGAUUUAUUUGACUUGUCUUUUUUUUUAAGUUUGUUAAAAGAAACCAACAUCUAUAUACUGUGUCACUAGUUUUGAAAUCAUACAGAAAAGGUAUCCAGUAAUUAACUAUUUACGUAAUGUAGUCACCAGCCUUAUCUAGUGUCAUUGUGGAAAUAUACAGUAUGUUACUGUACAAACAGUAAUAAUCUUUUUUUCAGUUUUAUUUUAUUUUUGUAGACAUGCACUGUAAUUUCUGAUUUUGUUUUUUUUUUCUGAUGUAAAUUCAGAUAUUUUUUUUUCUACACUGCCGGCAUUCUCUGUGUAGGUUGAACACAGCUUUUCAAAACUACCCAACGUCUCCCCACGCAGAGGCUCACUCACAAAAUUUGCAGCUUUGAUUCUAGCUUGUGCCAUUUUAAAAUAAAGAGGACAAACAUUUCACAAUAAAAGUUUACCAUAUUCCAUUUUUGUUAAAUACUUAAGUUAGAGACAUGUAGCAUAUAUGUUAAUGUGGUCUACGCAUUCCAAAUGGGACGUUUAAUGGCCAGAUUGUGGCUCGCAUGAUCUUUACAGGAGUUUUCAGAGCGAUGGAGCUCAGCAGUGUCUCUCCACAGUCCUGUCAUUUCAGAUCUGUUCUAACUAAACCCUCCAAUGAAAAGUGCACGAGGGAGUCGCUGUCCUGUGUUGAAUUAGCACGUGUGACACGUUCAGAAUGUAUUGCUUAGGGAGAAAUCCAGCAGAAAUGCAUUUUGUUUUUGUUUUUCAAGAUCUGUGGUGUUCAUAUUGUAAAUUUAUCUGUUACCAAUAUUGUUUAAAGAAAGUAACCCAACAUAGUUUGUGACUCCAGGUGAACUUAUUGUCCCGACACUGAUGUGUGAUUGAGGGAAAUGUAUUCAGCUUUUCAUUAUUUUCCCCCUCCCCCAAAAGUUAAUACUUUAACUCUUGUCUGGUGUCCACCUUGUCCUGUUAAAGUGAAAUGUAUAUGUUUAAAUGUUGUGAAUACCCCAGUAACUGCCUCCACCAUAUUUGAUGUAUGAAUAUUUUAUAUACCUUUUUUGGGAUGACAAGAGUUUUUUGAAUUUCAACUACAUUCCAAUAGGCGUCAUUCCUUCAGUCACAGUGAUGAGCCUAAAUUCUCUACCUCUUAAUUUUUGCCAUUUUUUUUGACAGUAUGACAUAAGCCUCUUUUUGUAAUAUUCUGAAGACUGCUCCAUAGCCGAGCAAAUGUGGUUCCAAUGUUUAGUGUCUCUACCUAACUUAAAUUAAUAAAGUGAUCUAGAUUAUUA